AAUGGUAUUCUUGCUUUAUUGCUGAUAUCCUGUCAGAUUCUACUAGUGUAACAACAUUUGACAAAGAAAGCGCUCACUUGUCUCAGGCGCCCUAGUGCAAAGGACAUCAUUUGCAUAGCAUGGACUCAACAAAUCUUGCGCUCAAAAGAAGAGGUCAUCAGCCGAAUCAUUCUUGCUAGAGUUUUUCUGUGUUUAACAGCAUUGGUGGCACACUGAGUUCCUGAGCAUCAUAUACUGAGGAAGUUUGUAGGGUGAAACUUCGGUUUUGAGAAGGCAAGUGAUGCUUUUUUGUCCAUCCGUGUCAAAGACAUGGUAUGAAGGCUAACAUGGAAAUGGUUACUUCUCCAAGCACGAUUGUACCCGAAGCUCUUAAGAAAGAUAAUUAUGAAAGAUGGAGCAUUUUAAUGCAACACUAUUUAGAGCUUCAGGAUCUUUGGGAGGUUAUUCAAUCAGACAGGAUGCCUCAAGGAGGAAAUAGGAAGGAGUGGAGUAAAAAGAAUGCUUUAGCUCUAUAUGCCAUUAGGAUUUCUUGUGGAACAGAAGCAUUUGAUCAAAUAAAGAAGAUAUCUCACGCAAAAACUGCUUGGGAUGCGUUGGCAGAUAAGCUGAAACCCCGGCCAAUUGUUGAAGUUGUCAAUCAUGAUAUUUCUGAGCUCCACCAAGAAAGGCAAACAGAGCAUGAAGUGACCUUGCAAAAUUUAGUUUGCUAUGAGUCCAUUUCCAACGUAAAGCAGUUCUUACAUAGCGAACAGGAUAAAAUAUCUCCACAAAUGUUGGACUCUGCUCUUAAGCAUGCAAUUACUUGUGGUCGCAAGAACAUGGCACAUUACCUCUAUAAGAAGAUUCCACUUGAUCAUUUUCUACGGGAAGACAGUGGCUUCUUCCUCCUCCAGCACUGUAUAACCAAGAGAACGUUUGAUAUUGCAUUGGAUCUACUCCACCAUUUUUCAGAUUUGGUAUCUAAACACCCUUCGAAUUGUGAUCCAAUCAUUUUAACACUUGCUCAAACUGCUCCUCCAUUCUUAAGUAUAAAUGAGCUUGGAUCUUGGGGACGCUGGAUUUAUAAAUCUACACGAGUGAAGGCGUUCCCCAUCAAACCAAGAAGUGCUCCAGUUGGUGGAGUUGGCAUCGUUCAAGAUCAUAAGCUAAGGAAAUGGAUAUUCAGAAUGGAGGGAUUAGGCAUGCUGGUUGAAGUGUUCUUCUUGUUCAUUGUUCCACUCCUCAAACUAGACCUACUAUGCGUAUUGAUUGGAGUGCCUUUAUUGAGGUUUCUUUUGCCACCAGAGAAACCGGGUCUAUCACUCAUCCUGUUUCCAGUGUUUAUACUGUUACUUGGUAAGCAGUAAAGUCUACUCUAUAAGCUUUAUUUUUUCAUAGCCAGCAAAUUCUAAAAACUUCUCUUCGAAACUUCUCUAUAAGAUUGUGAAUUUGAUUUGAGAUGAAUGAGACGCAGGAGAGCAAAGAGAUCAACAUGAAUGAUUCCACAACUAAUAAGAUGUGUUUAUAUAUAGGAAAAGAAAAAUAUCUCUAAUUUUGGACACUUCUAUAAACAAACAGGCUUAUC